AUGCCUGGCCUUUUGGAACGCUACGCGCAGGUCCCGCCGACCAAGGCGAACCUCGACUGGGCCGAGCUCGUCACGCUCGACCUCAGCCUGUUUGACCAGCCCGGCGGCAAGCAGGAGCUCGUCAAGCAGCUCGAGCACGCCGUGCACCACGUCGGCUUCUUCUACGUCAAGAACUUCAACAUCACCCAGGACGAGAUUGACGAGCAGUUUGCGCUGGGCCGCGAGUUCUACGCGCUGCCGCUCGAGGAGAAGCUGCAGUUCCACAACGCCGACGACCUGGCCCGCGGCGAGUACAACGGCUACCGCCCGGCCGGCCACCGCAUCCUCGGCAACGGGAUCCGCGACAACGUGCAGGUGUACAACAUUCCCAAGUUUGACGGGUUCCACGCGCGCCAGCAGCCGGCCGUCCUGCAGCAGCACAUCCAGGCCAUCGAGGCCUUCUCGCGCAAGUGCCACGACGAGGUCGUCGCGAAGCUGCUGGUGCUGUUUGCCAUCCUGCUCGAGCUGCCCGACGAGCAGCAGCUGGCGCGCGACCACCAGUACGACGUCGCCGGCGAGGACCACCUGCGCUACAUGCACUACGCGGCCCGCAGCGCCGAGGACAACGAGAAGGUCGGCGAGCUGUACACGCCGGGCCACACCGACCUGGGCUCCAUCACCCUGCUCUUCCGCCAGCCCGUCGCCGCCCUCCAGAUCCUCAACGCCGAGGGCCAGUGGAAGUGGGUCCGCGCCCAGGACGGCACCAUCACCAUCAACACCUGCGACGCCCUGACCGCCCUGACCGGCGGCUACAUCAAGUCGAGCAUCCACCGCGUGCACGCGCCGCCCGCCGACCAGGCCGGCAUCGACCGCCUGGGCGUGCUCUACUUUGCCCGCCCCAACAACCAGGUCGUGCUCGACCCGCUGACCAACAGCCCCCUGCUGAAGCGCCUGGGCUACGAGUCCAACGCCUUUACGGAGCUCGGCCAGCACCUGACGACGCAGCAGUGGGUCAAGGUGCGCCAGAGCCAGCAGCAGCGCAAGCUGCCCGGCUACGACAUCACCAAGGACGGCAAGUACGUGCGCUCGGAGAAGGAGCUGGAGAUUAUCCCGGGCCUGGCCGCCAAGAUCUACAACUAG